CGACAUUUCAACAGUGGCAAUUUGAGUGAGAGAUCAGUCGGACCCCGGGCGCAAAAGUGCACCACAAAGAGAUACUCCGGGAUGUAUCUGAUAAUACAUACGUAAGCAAAGUCAGCAACCGAAGGGUGCUGAAGAUGCGAGCUGAGCGUGAGCAAGGUGGAAGAGCAGCGCAGAGUUAGAGCAGAGCCUCAUAGCUCAGUACAGCGAUGACCGCGAAAGAGCUCGUUUCGUACGCUGCCAGCCCGGAACCGGAAGGCCGCAAGGAUGCCAUCGCGUGCCCGUGAACCGCCAGCGUAGCCGCUUUUCGCCUCUUGCGAAUUUUUUCAGUGGGAACCCUGUGCGAAUUUUCGACCUCUGUGACCAUUCAAAUUUAAUUGUCGUGCUAAUCCUGGACACCUCUGACGACUGUGUGGACAAGUUGUGACGAUUCUCGAAAUGGAUAAUAGUUCGCCAAAUCUGUGCUCAAGACGUGCAGGAUUAUAAAUUUUUUGUGUCAUUGUGUGGUGUUGUGAUUUAUUCAGUGUUGAGAUGUAAGGAUGACAUGCCAGUGUUAAUGGGGUUGAUUUGGAGAAUCCUUGCCAUCUAUUUGGUGACCGCGCCUCAGGUGUCUCCGAACUUCAAUGGUUUGGAGGAUACCUCCACCCCCAACGACCUCGAUAAACCUGUCCCCAUGGUUGAAGUUCAUGGAGUCCUGGGUAAAAAUAAGGGCCUUCCCUGUGAUAUUACGCCGAAGGACCGUGAUGACGCCGUUGCCAUGGUGCUGUGGUUUAAGGAAACCAUCGCAGAACCCCUGUACAGUUUCGACGUGAGGGGUCGUCAAUUCAGUCAAGCAAAAUAUUGGUCUUCACCAAAUGUGUUCUCAGAAAGGGCGUAUUUUCGUCCCACCACGUCACCAGCGACGUUAGAAAUAGCUUCGAUUCAACUCUUGGACGAGGGAAUCUAUCGAUGUAGAGUCGAUUUUAAAAACUCACCGACCAGAAAUAGCAAAGUCAACUUCACUGUUAUCGUGCCUCCUGAAAAAAUACACAUUUACGAUGACAAGAGGGUAGACAAGACAAUUUUAUUAGGACCGUAUAAUGAAGGUUCGGACGUUAAUUUAUUAUGCGAGGUAAAGGGAGGCCGACCACGACCGAAAGUCACGUGGUACCUCGAAAACACCGUAAUCGAUGACUCAUACGAGAUAAGAUCUGAUGGAAUAGCCGUCAAUCAUCUCACAUUUCCAAGUGUUGGUCGCCAACAUUUACAUGCAAGACUGAUUUGCCAGGCCAGUAAUAAUAAUCUGGUGCCACCUGAGACAAGAGUAGCUGUAUUAGAUAUUAAUUUAAAACCCCAAACAGUAAAUAUCCUAACAAGAGAAAAACAAGUGUCAGCGGGCAAACACUACGAAGUUGAGUGUCGGACGACUGGAUCGAGGCCAGACGCAGUUAUUACAUGGUGGAAAGGAAGCAGAUCUGUCAGAAAAAUUGCAAAAAACUUUCCAGGACAGAAUCAAAGCCUAAGCAUUUUGCCGUUUUCUCCUGUGAUCGAUGACGAUGGCAAAUACUUGACCUGUCGAGCCGAGAACCCGUCCAUCCCUGAUAGCGCGCUCGAGGACAAGUGGAGAUUAAACGUCUUUUAUACCCCGGUCGUAACGCUAAAAAUGGGCUCGACAUUAAACCCGGACGACAUCAAAGAAGGCGACGACGUUUAUUUCGAAUGCAAUAUCCGGGCCAACCCCAAAACUUACAAACUUUCCUGGUUCCACAACGGAGUUGAAAUAUUCCAGAACGUCACCGCUGGAGUGAUCAUGAGCGACCAAAGUCUGGUUCUGCAAAGUGUAACUAGAGCCACAGGGGGCGCUUACACUUGCAUGGCCACGAACGUCGAAGGCAAAAGCAACAGUAAUGCCGUCCAACUUGUUGUCAGAUACGCCCCGGUGUGCAAACAGGAUCGAGAAGAGUUAUAUGGCGCGCUGAAGCAAGAGACCGUGACUUUACGCUGUCAGGUCGAUGCCAAUCCAGCCAUAGUGACCUUCCACUGGACGUUCAACAACUCCGGGGACCUGACCGAGGUUCCGGCCAACAGGUUCACAAACGAGGUCUCUUCCUCCCGGCUCAACUACACGCCCGUGUCGGACCUGGACUAUGGCACCCUCCUGUGCUGGGGCGAGAACGAAGUGGGUCACCAAAAAGUACCCUGCGUCUUCCAAGUAGUUAUAGCAGGUCGGCCUUCGCAGUUGCAAAAUUGCACGGUGUCGAACCAAACCUCGGAUUCCCUCCAAGUCGAUUGCAUGGAAGGGUUUGAUGGGGGUCUACCUCAGAGUUUCUUUAUGGAAAUCCUCGAACUGCCGUCGCUGCGGCCUAGGCUCAACGUUACAACCUACAGGACGCCACCGACAUUCCUCGCUGAUGGCUUAGAUCCAGGGAUGAGUUACAGAAUAAUGCUCUAUGCAGUUAAUGCCAAAGGAAAAAGUGAACCCACUACGAUCGACCCCGUUACUUUCAAAGGCGUCGCUAAGUUACAGGGUUCAACAGCAAGUAUGCCAGUUAGCCCGCUAAUUAUGGGCCUUCUGGGCACGGCCGCUGUGCUGGCGACGGGGGUCUGCCUCGUGCUGGCUGCUCUGUGUAGAAGGCACUAUUCCAGGCCAUGUCCCAGACCCGAAGGGGGCACCAAGCACGUACCUAUGGAAGCGGUUAUUGCCGCAGAUGAUCUCAUCGUCGACGGCUCCGUCACGGGCGUACGCACACCAGCGACUCCCGAUGCGGCCAUUACCGCCGAAGCUGUGAGGAACGGCACUUCCGUUGAGGCCACUGAUCCAGACAUUAUCCGGAAUCAGUAUGAGCGGCGGCCGACCCUCGGAUUUAUGAAAGUGUACGAACCGCCCGGGUCCAGAGAAGAGGAGGACAUCGAGGACGAAGGCGAGGAGUACGAUUUCAGACACGUUGCCAAAGAAACUCACAUCCCCAAUCAGACCGUAUACCGGAGUCUACAGAGGCCCGGACGAAACCCCGCAACCCCCAAUCCGGGCACUCAGACCCUGACGCACAAAUAUCGAGGGCCUGAAGUCAUUACGACGUCGAACCGAAUACAGGAGAGCUGCAUAUAAGUGUAAUUGUUUUUAUCAUGUAUUAUAUUAAUGUAUUUAAACAAAAUAAAACGGACUUAAUGUCGUCAUCUCGUUUU